CCUGGCGGCCAAGAUAGCCAACUCAUCAUAGCUGAUGGUUCAGCCAAACUUGAAACCAAUUACAUUCUUGAAACUAAUGAUAAUCCUCCAGCACAUAUUGUCAUCAAGACGCAUGGCUGGAGGACAGGACCGCCAGAAGUUUUGGCCCAACUUGCAGAUCCAGAGUUGGCAGACAAAGUUGAUCCAAAUAGCUAUAAAUUCAGACUCUUUAUAGAUAUGGAGACGGGGGAUGAGAGGUAUCGAGAUCGAGUCAACUGUGGGAUGUGGGUUGGUAGUGGGAUGAGGAGAGGAGCAGAAGUCAUUUAUGAGUGA